AUGAUAACACUCGCACUGUUUGUGUCACUCCUCUUGACGGUAACAAGGCGUUAUUCUGGUAAGUAUGUCCGUCUGGUUUCUAACAAUUUCAAUUUUAAUUUGACAAUUAACUGAGAGAUUUCUUGCGCUAUUUGGUCAUUCGAGCGCUAUGGUCGAUGUUAGUUUUUUUUAAAACUUUUUAGGAGCGGCCGUGAAUGUCUCUAAUAGGGGCGGCGCAUUAAGACACCCACGGCUGCUUACGGCACAGCUCGUGUUAUCAUCCUCCGCCUUCGGCCACGGCUUACAACACUUACAACGACCUUGACCGACCUCAUUCAAUAAUUGGCUUACAUUGUUCAUUAUCGUUAAGUCACAAGAGUCAAAAGUGCCCAAUUUGAUCCUAUUUAGCUUUGGAAUGCCCAGAAAAGUGGAAAGAAUUUGAAGGCUUUUGCUACAAGGUUAUGGAUAGGCUCGGUUAUCGGUGGAGAUUUGUUUGGUCAGCAGCAGUAAGCGGAUGUUUUGGGUUUGGAGGAGACCUAGUAAGCAUAUCGAAUGAAAAGGAAAAGAAGUUUGUCCAUGACACGGCUUUCAAGGACGCAAACCGCACUUCUGUUUGGAUUGGGUUGGCGUAUCGGCAUCAAAAGGGUGGAUAUGUAUGGACCAAUGGAGAAUCGUUUAACAUUUCUGUUUCUGUCCAGUGGCUCAACAUGUCGAGAAUUGUUUAUGAAAAUAAAUGCGUCGAAAUCUUGAAAAAUGGCUGGAACCUCACCGAAUGUUGCAAGGAAAAUAAACAUCUCUUCUGCAAGAGACCGAAAGGUGAGUUGUUCCUGCGUGGGAACUCGACAUUGAAAAUGAUGGGGAAGUUCUAAUCGUACCAGGUACGACCAAAGCACAGGUAAAAUUUGAUCCGUUGAGGCGCUUAAACUCUUAAACAGACUUUAGAUAGACUUUACGCCUUUAAGUUUUUGGCAAGCUAGAUUCCACCCUGAUAUUUGGCUUUUUCCAUUUGUUUUCUCGUUUUGUUUUGCAGUCAUUUUAACCUCAAUUAUAACCUUGCUGGGUUAAAGGAGCUUUUAUGGUGGCUACAACGCAGUUUUUGACACAUGACCAGCCACGCCCAUAAUUAUGCAAAUUUUACAUGUUAGAAUUACCACACCCAAACACAUAUUAAAGAUCCUAAUUUUUCUUGUAUUCUAUUUUAAAAAAAUGAAAUAUAACAACUGAUUGAUUACCGGGAAAUUUUAGAAUAUUAUAUUCCUUGUUCUCUGAUUCUCGUCCCAGUCUCCCUAACGUUUACAGCUGUGCCAUGAUUCUUAUUGGUUUCAAACUAUUUGCUCUGUAAAUGUUUCACUAAUGAGGUCCAUUGGCCUGUUCUGCUGGUUGGUUUUUCAAUGGAGUAUCUUGCUACAAGGAAAAUGGAAACGGUACCUGGGAAGGUGCACGACAAGGGUGUACUGAUUCCGGAGGAGAUUUAGUAAAGGUUGAUGAUGAUAAUCAAAAACAAUUUUUGAUCCACUUCAUGGAGGUCACCGGUCUGAGGAAAACCAACUUAGAUGUAAGUAUCGAGUCAUUAACUCUUCGAGCCUCAUGAUCGGAUGAUCAGCAUGAAAUUUCUCCAUGUAACAUUAAUUCAUUAUAAAACAUAUUAGUCACAAGAAUUAAUUGUAUAAGGAGAUGAUCACCCGAGGUAAAUGUAACUGAUUCUUAAUACAAUUACUCUUCCCACCACAUCUGUAGGAAACGUGUAAGGACAGGACAUGGGCAUUUAACUUGAGAUGUUAGGUUUUUUAUGCAGUUGAUAGAGCAUGCUUAAGGCUAGGGUAAUUAAUUAUAAGAGGAGAUUUAAAAGAGGAAUGCGGAGAAAUCACAUCUUCUGUGUAGUUCGUGUCACAGACCCAAUUGAAUCAGUGAUGUAGAUCGUAGACAGUUUUAAAUCCAUUUUCACGUAUAUUUGUAUCUUAAAAAACGCAAAUGUUCAAAGGACAACGUUUCUCAUCCUCAGUUACUUUGGCAUAACCUGAGAUCAGGCCCAAUUUUAGCGGUUUUAGCGGCCACCGCUGAAAUUGGGCCUUUUCCAAACUCUCUCACGUUUGUGCUAGUUACGGCCAGAUUUUGGCCGUAACGUUGAUUGGCUGUUAGAACAAUGCCACAAGAUCUGAUUGGCUGUCGGAAAUGCCGGAAGCUGAAAGCUCUUAUUCCUCUCGUGGUUGUUUUCGCGAAUGAUCCGCCGUCGGCGGAGAGAAAGGUCGAUUAUGCUGUCGUUUUUGUUUGAUGGUCUUAUGGUAGGAAAAUAUGCCUUAAUAUGUACCAUGGAAAUACAGAAAAUUCAUAUGGUUGUUCAUAUCUUCUCUGGAUUUGCUUUAUUUACGGAACUAAUGUGAGUGUAUCGCGGAGUUGAAUCCCUCUGCAAGUUCGGUGUUGACCGCUAACAAGGUGCUUUUUGAUUUACCAACAAACGAGUGCAGAUCAAAAUACUGUCCAUCUUAAAAGUGGUUUUAUUGGAAAGUUUAGCCGGGAAUGACUUUUCUGAGCGGGGUACGCAAACGGAGGGCUCAUUGCCAAAGAAACUUCAAUCGCCAACUGUGAAGUAUUAGACGAAAAACAUCGCAUGAUCACUGUUCAGGGAAUUUUUGUUGGCAUUAUCAUAAAAGCUAGUGGCGCUACUCUUAAGGUAACAGACUUUUUGUAUGCCUUCGUUUUUUGUAAAAAGUAAACCAGGGAAACUGGUGUCUUCGCUUGUUGGCUGUUUGCUGUUUGUUAAUUUCGAUACAUAAAAUAAAAUUUAGCGAGCUUUUCAGACCUGCAGUAAAACAUCAACACAACUAAUUAAAGGAGAACUACAAAGUAUGUUUGUAAUAUUGUUUUUCGUUUUUCUUAUAGCUCUCCAAAGUGAUAAUGUUUACAUGGAUUUAUAAAGAAAUAUAUUUGUUUUAGACGUUUGUUUCUCUAGUAAAUGCGCAAAUUGCAAGUGUACUCAGGGGACUAAAUCAGCUUAAUUAAAUGCACUUGAGAACUCGUUGCUUUGUUCUGAGAUAAUUUAUAUAUCCUUUUAAAACGUUCGCGAUAUAUUUCUCUAAGAUUUUUUAAGAUUUAUGUACUGAAAAUCGGGGAAAAUUGCCGAGGAAAAUGUAAAGGCAACAGGAAGAAAAAAAAUUUCAGUAUUUUAAAUUCGAGCGCGCCUAGCCUAAACAUUAAAACUAAAACAUCUGGUGUCGCCGUCUUUUCGAAGACUUUUUACCUUCUACGCCAAUAGAAAAAACCUUCGAAAUCUCCUUUAAUCUCGCAAGAAGUUAAAUGUGAUUGUGCUGACUGUUUUAUUUUUAGUUGAAAAUAUUAAUUAAAAGGUAACAGCUAUUUUUUAAGUCAGCAAGUCUGCAUUUUUCCCACGUAUGGAAAAUUUGCAUAUUAAAAAAACAAGGAACUGAAGUAGUUUUGGUUGGCUGAUUCGGAAAAUGUCAAUCAAUCAAAAAAGUGGGCGGCAGACGUUUCGUAGAAGGUUUGUAUCAGGCUCUCUUUUCGUUUCGCCUUGCCCGCCGGAAUGUUAUUUACAAAGCGAAACGAAAAUUGAGCCUGCAUCAGGUUACUUUGGCAAGCUUAGCGCACAAAGUGAAUUAUUAUAAAAUGCAGGUUUAUCGUUCAUACAUGCAUUCCAAGCAAUUCUGGUGAAUUUGAUAGAAAACCAGUUGUUCUGCCUCUCAUCGGCUGAGACGUCUUGAUCUAAAAUGUUAUCUUGAUUGAAUAACGAUAAAUGCCCUUCUGAACAAAAAUUAUUAACUUAAUUUGAUUGUAAGUGAUCAUAAUUAAGUAACCCCAUACUGUCAUGUUGACAGUGGUGUCAGUUACACCAGGCGGAAAACUCACGAAACAACAUCACCUUUAAUAUCAUUCCUGGAAAAGUCUUGGCUGAGAAGUUAAAAGCCUGGUUUUCACUAGCGUAUUAGCACAAGCAAAAGGACAUACUCACGCGCAGAAUGGCAUAUUCGAGUCAAUUCUUAAUACCAGCUCUCCUCAACCCGAUGAUAAACAAGAUGAUGGACUCUUUGUCCGCCAUAUUGCUUUGAUAUGUUUGCAUGAGGUCUGGGUCAAAAUGACCUUUGAUUAGUUCACGGCCUUGUACUUACGCAUGUGCUUAUGUCAACCCAGUUUUAAACAGUCAAAGCUACGAUAUAAGCAUAAGCACAAGGACAACAAACUUCUCCGUUUUUCUUGCGCUUGUGCUUAUGCUUAUGUCGACCCAGUUUUCACUUGCUUACACCCGUGCUUGUGCUUAUGCUUAUGUGCUAGUGUAAACCAGGCUUAAGAAAUUUCUUGGCCGAGAAGUUAUCAUGAGGUUAAGCCUGGUUUUCACUAGCACAUAAGCAUAAGCAUAGGCACAAGCACACGUGUCAGCAAGUGAAAACUGGGUCGACAUAAAGCAUAAGCAUAAGCACAAGAAAAACGGACAAGUUCGUUCUUCUUGUGCUUGUACUUAUGCCCAUACCGUAGUUUUGACAAGUGAAAAUUGGGUCGACAUAAGCACAUGCAUAAGCACAAGGCCGUGGACCAAUCGUAGGCCACUUUGACCCAGACCUCAUGCGAACAUAUCAAAAGCAAUAUGGCGGAUGCUUCGUCCGCCAUUUUGUUUAUCAUUGGGUUGACGAGAGCUGGUAUCGAGAAUUGAGUCAAAUAUGCCAUUCUGCGCGUGCGUAUGUCCUUUUGCUGACGCUUAUGCGCUAGUGAAAACCAGGUUUAACAAAUUGAAAAAAAUUGGCAUUUUUCAAAACAUCCUUGUCGCCAUGGAAACGAUCGAACUCUUACUUCUAAAAUGUCAAAUUUAUUGUCCUUAGUAUAAAUGUAUUCUGUCCAUACCAAAUAUGAGCCUCAAUGAGUCUUGAAUGACACUCCCAUUAUCAAACUGUUUACAACCACCUUGAUUAAUUGUGGUUUUUGUAGUAAAUUGUUCCAUUUAAUAUUUUUUCUGUAUCCCUUGUAAUUCCUUUAUACAGCACGUAUGGAUUGGCCGAAAAGGUGAUUCGAAUUGUUUACAAAUGGAGACAAACACUGGAAUGAUAGAGAAGGCGGGGGACUGUAACGACAAAAAGAACUAUAUUUGUGAAAUGCCAGCGUCAACAACAAGUACGUUUUCUAUCAUCCACAUCGAGAAGGUUACAGUUAGCACAUUUAUCGUAAUAGCCCAAGCUCAAUACGAGAGCCCUUAACAACCUUAUUUUACUUAGCUAACUAUUUAUUCAUACAGCAACAACCACAUAAGACAUUGUAUAAAAAUUAUUACUUUUUCUCUAAAAUUGGGCGAAAUGUGCAUUAUGUUUUUCCUAUUAAGCUUUUGUUUAGUAUUUUCAGGUUAAGUCUAUCAAAUUUUCGUGAAUGACUUCCAAUUUAGUAAAAGCUCUGCUUUUAGGCUUGUCUACAAGUUAUAAUUUCACGCUUUUGCCUCAGACUUUGAGGUAAGUGAACUUGUCAGAAAUACUCGAUGCUUUUAAAGGCUUGUGUUAUUCUGCAUUUAUCUUCAGGUACUGUUUGUUAUGAGUACCCUAGCAGGAAUUCCUCUGUUCCCAUUAAAGUCAGCUGUACUUUUCCCGAAGACCUUUGUUUCAAAUAUGACAAUACAACGUCAAACGGCGAACAAGUCACCAUUCGAGGCUGUAUAUCCGCUGAUCAAUGCGGACAAUUUGAUGAUCAUCAUUUGCACUGUUGUGAAGGAGAUCUGUGUAAUAGUGGUAAGUAAGCUCAAGUAUAAUGCACACAAAAUAGCUAAAAAUUGUUACUUUAGGUCCGCCGUGCCAUGUUCCUCAGAAACAGGGAAAAUUUAGUUUAUUCUAACAAGGAUCCAUGAAGGAGGAAUAGCCAUGCUUAGCAGCGAAGUAGAUUUUAAGAACCUUUUUGUAAGUUUUCGCAAGAUAAUGCACCUAUUUUAUUUAGCGCAUACUCGCACGUUUCCUAUGCCAUUUAUAAUGCAAUACCGUUCCUUGCAGUUAAGAACACCACGAUAUCUGAACCCGAAAAUCCGACCCAGGCCAUUUCUAAAGUCAUUUACAUCUCACUUGGUAUCACCUCCGCUUUUUUGCUACUGUCCGUGGCUAUUGUUGUCUGGUGCUACAGAAGAAAGAAGCUAAAGACUAUUGAAAGGUUUGUGUUUCUUUUAAUUUGCUAGCCUCCUUGUUCGGCGUAAUUUUUUCUCUAGUUUAAGGUGUAUCAAAAACACUGAUAUAAGCAAAAUUUUACUUUCCUAGCAUUUAAUUUUAGCGCGAUGUUAUUGGUUAGAUUACGUCACGUGGCCACUUAAAGCGUCGUGCACCCGCCAUUGACAGUUACAAAGAAAACAAUCAAGCAUUUUGUUUUAGCCAAGGGGCUGAAAACCUAAAAAAGACAGUAAGAAAGAAGAGACCCUGAAGACGAAUAUCUUGAAAAAAAAAAUGAAAAUUGACUUGACUGGUAAAAAGAUGUUAUUGCGUUCGACGUCGAGAGAACGCAACCUAGACCCCCAAGAGCCUGAGCACGAACAUUCAGCACAAAGAAACUCAACUUUUUUUAGGCUGGGUGAACUACCGAAAACGAUAGGUUGAAGGGUAAUGGCUAAAGUCCAUGGCUGACAGCUUUCUUCUGAGAUGCCUCUUUCUGCCAGCUGUUUAUUUUAACAGACAACCGCUGUUGAGCCUAUCUUGGACCAAGAGUUAUCUCUCAUGUCAACACGAUAUCAAAAUAUGCCCAGUCGGUGAGGUUGCAUUUUUGAAAGGCAAAGGCCGGUUUCGAGAAGCAGCGUUUGACCUCUAA